AUGGCUUUCCUUUCUGAAUCGACGUAUUUUUUAAUUCUAUCAAUCAUUGCGUGCAUUCUGCUUUGGGGUGUCAGCCUCUUCAAUGGAACUGUAACGGCGCUCAUAGUCGCGUCGUGGACUGGCCGCUUUGAAGACGGAACGCCGUUCAAUACCACCUACACUGGCUGCUUUCCUCUCGAUUUCCCCAUUUCCUUACUGGUGGCAUUCUUCUUCUACGGCACGAAUGGCUCACACCCUGGGUAUCAAUUUUUCCUGAUAGAUGCAUAUGCAACUUUACAGUCGGCUUUUGUAUGGCUAUAUGCUGAAAGUACACGGCCUAAUGAGAAGCCAUUUGGCAUUUCCAAUCCGAUCAUAUGGGGUCUCAUGUGGCAGGCUUUUGGCGCUGCCAUCGCUCUUCCUCUUUACUUUCGCGCCCAUCUUAGGUGGGUUGAUAAAGUUGGCGAUAGCUUAUCAUCCGUAGAUGUUGCUGCAGCCAGAUCGCUUCCUGCCAGUUUCAUCUUUGGAGCAUUGCUACCCGCUAUCAUUGGCAUGCUCCCAACAUGGUAUCCCAGGUCGGAUGUGCUUCACCAGAACAUACUAGCUGCUUGGCAGCCGGAUCCAGUCUGGGUUUCCAUUCUUCAGGCAAUCCAGGUGUUUGUAUUAUCCUCUCGGACUAGAAAUAAUGAACGGGCCGUCUGGUGGACAAGAUUGAGUUACCUCUUAGCCGCCUUAUCCUCGGCUACAGGUCACAUAUACGGUAUGGGGUCAAUCCUGAUGUCUACAGACCCCGCAAUGACAAUAAUCGGAGUUUACGUCCCAUUCAUCUUUACUGGGCCGGAUGGAGCUAUUCAGAAGCUUGCGAAUGGAACAUGGCUCUUUCUACAAUAUGACUUGAUCAUCAUCUCAAUUUCCUGUAUAUCUUGGGCCUAUUUGUUAGUGUUGCGGACUCUUCCAUUUAACACUUGGAUCCGCAGCUAUCUCCUCAUUAUUCUGAUGUCCAGUAGUGCUGUUCUGGGGCCUGGAGCAACAGUCUCACUGUCAUUAUUCUGGAGAGAGGGUUAUUUGUCUACAAAACGCAUGUCAAAGUACGCUAUGGCGAAAUCUCAAUAG